CAAACACGGGCUUAAAUAUGACUUGGUGAUCACCAAAGCGUGCCAGUUUUCAAUUAGUCCCACCCUUACGGUCUGUGCAUUGCGUUUGAAUUGGGCUCAUUUUGCACAUGUUAUGUGAAUAUUUCAAGAAGUGGGUCGUCUUGCUUAGUAACUGUACGUAGUCACGAGAACAUUUCGCAGUAAAGAGUGUGCCAGCAAGGGUUGUGGAUAAAAUGGUGGCGUGGAAGUUUGUACUGCAGACUUGAAUGGAUGCUGCUUGCGGAACUGGUGUCGUGUGUACGGGGGGAAGUUCUGCUUUGUGACGGUUCUACUCGGAACUGCGUCCGAUGACGUCGCGGAUGCGGCGAAGGUUGUCCUAGAACAAUACUAGAAGGGGAUAAGAAUGCAGGAUUCGUUUUCCCGACGUUUACAGCUGGAUCCGUCGUAUAAAGGAUCUUUGUGUGAAGGGAAAUACGUGCGGAGUACAUGUCCUGUUGGUUUUUUCCCUGUAUAGCGCCGUGCUCUGUCUCUUUGUGCCGUAACCAAGGACGUGCAAGCGCCGCUCUUGUGCUCAAGAGAAGCUGCGUGCCUUGCCCUGUGGGGAAAGGACCGCACUAAUUGCGGGGACAACACGAUACUAGGAUCCUCUACCGUGUACUAUACAAUCGGGCCAAUCUCUCCAGCUGAAAUCUGACCCGACCGUGUCACCCUCCCACUAGUGCUGUAACAGGGAUCGUCUGUGCGGACUGCUCGCACGCAAUGUUCUCUCAAGACGCAGCGUCUUAAAGGAGGACCUCAGACGUCUUACAAGAAAAUGCCGAAGUGGGCCAGGACCUUGCGAUUCGACAAAACAGCGCGGAACUGCAGAAUCGGUGAAACGUUGGAUAUCUCUGUUGGAUGGUGUGUGCUCCUACAUACACGUACUACUACACGUCAGUAGCCAGGUGUGUGAGCGAAGCUGAUGGAGUCCUGAGUGAAGAUUAGGUGGUGCCUAGUGCCGAGACCUGGUGAUAGGGUGUGGUAGUGUUCUGGGUAGAAGCAGCACCACUGUACACGUUCAAGAGACCCCGCCGUCACAAAACAUCAUUCAUCGGUUCACCCUGAAGACGCUCCUCGUUUAAAGAUGGAACUGACUGAACUCCUGGGCCUGGUCACGUGUCUCUCCGUCGCGUCGCUUUCAUCCAACGGCCCGCAAAGCAUUGUGGUCUCCGGACACCGGAUCCUUGACGUCAUACAUCCGGAACGCAGAGACAUCCCUUCAUCGUUACUGCGGCAGAGACGAAGCGAUCUAAACACAAACGAGACGACAGUUCCGCCAACUGAGCUGCCGACCGACAAUUUCAGGAGUUCCACGUCAGAGGACAUUCUUAACACCACAGCGAGCGCGCCGUCCUCCACAGCUGCGAAUCAGACAUUCGCGGUAACACCGUUGUCAUUCGCCACAACGUCAACUCCUACGCCAAACGUGAGCAGCGCAUCGACCAAUGUCAGCACUCCGCCUGGGAGGGCAACACGCUUCGCAACAACAACUCCAAAUAUCACCACCAGCAACAACAACAGCAACUCCACUUCUUCCUCGACUGUCAGGGCAAGCACGGGGACAGGAUCGUAUGCCUCAAUCACACACCCAAAAUCCGCCACAUCUCAGAGAUCAACGUCGGCGUCUAAAGCAAUGCUCAGCACGAUCUCUACCUCUACUACAGCUAAACCCUCUACGGUAGAGGAAACAUCGACGGGGCUCUCCGGUUCCACGUCCUCUCCGAGACUGAUGACUGCUGAGCAGUCCACGAAGCUGCUAAGUAUGGCCAGGCCCACGAAUGUUUCGCCGACGAAUGUGGUGCCAACGACGCCGGCCAUAGACAACCAGACAACGUUACCUCCAGCGAAUGCCACAACUUGGGCGUGGUACGAUGAUGAACAGGGUCUGUCGGACUUCCAGAAGACUGUGAUGAUUGUCUCCUUCUCCAUCAUCGGUGUGCUCUUCUUAGCCGGCUUCAUCGUCAGGAUAUGGAACCGCUGGAACAAGGCUCAGUUGGAGAGACGGGAGAACGAGCGGGAGUGGAGGCGUAAGUCCCACAAGAACGCGCAGUUCGAGCGGCGAGCGUCCGGCGCCUCACGGACAUCCUCUGUCAACUCUAGGCAGGGGGUACGUGGCGACAAGCCUGUGACAGUUGACACGGUCGCCUUGGAAACCACUAAGAUCCCGGAUGUGGAGGACAGCCGUCCUUACACCGUCGUCCCUCAGCUUCACAUACCUGAUCAGUGCGUCACUGACGUCAGCGAGCCAGCCUCGGAGCGUGCGCAGACGCGACCCGACGAGUCCGCCUACUACGCGAAACCACGCGAGGACACACAGGAGGAACCCGCGGAAAGUUCCGAAACUGAGAGCAUGGCGGACGCCAAGAGAAGGGUAGACUCUCUUAGAGACGACACAUCUCCGUUGUUAAGGAGAGACUCCAAUCAGGUAUCAGCUGCUAAUAACGACAGCAAAGACGCGACGUUGGUUUCCAAGGACAACAUAAACAUUAACGCAGCGCAAAGUAGAGAAAAUAGGUCGAAACUGGAAGACAAAACAAAAAAGAAGGGUGUAGGAAAUUUGGUAGACAGUAAAAUAGAUGAAGCUCCGAAAAGAGAGCGUAUACCAAGUAGCAGUGACGUGAAAGUGAGAUCUUUGCAUUUUCCAGCAAAGUCGCCAGGAGGCGGACGGGACCCCAAAAUGUCCAUACCCGAAGGACCAAAAUGGUUGUAUCACCACGGCUCCCUUCCAUUGGACAUGAAAAAAUUGCCGCCGGAAUUUUUCGAGGAGCUCGGCAUUUCCCCUCAGGCACUGUUCGAGCCUGUAGAAAGACUCAACCUACAGGAGAUCUGGAAGCCGAUGGGAAGGACUCCAGCGCCCCCUAUCGAGGGGCAUGGGAGUUUCAGGCGCUCCCUGGCGGAAAACCUGCCUCCCGAGCACGAAGAUAGGGAAGUGUUGAAGGACACCUACGAGGAUGAAACUGGGAUGAUGAGCACAGAAUUAUAGUUCAAAAUCACUAGCGAGGUAUCGUUGGUAGUUUUCG